AUGGCGAGAGGAAACGGAGAUGACAUGCGCGAGGAAGGACGCGAUGGCGAGGGACGCGGUGAUGCGUCACGCCAGUCGCGUAGGUCUCAGGGGCUGCCGCCGGAGGAGCACGCGAGCUUGUACGAGGUUGUCCGGGCUGCUCGGAAGGCAGGCGCUGCAAAGCGCAAGGCGGCCCGCGAGGCGAAGGCCAAGUCGUUGGAGGAGCAGCCGACUCCAGCACCGUCCGUCCAGGAUGACGCGCACCAAGUGUCCCGGGAUGGCGAGCCGGACGUCCAGGAUCCUGACACGAAGACUGGCCAAGAUCAGGGUGAGUCCGUCCAGGAUGAGUCCGCCAAGGCGUCUGCGGGAGGCGCCGAUGAGGUUGAGCCCCCGGCGGCGGAUCGAGUUUCGGACUCUUUGCUGCUGGAUCAAGAUGCGGAGGCCAAGGAGGCCCCGAACCUGGAAGACAAGCCGCUGCCGACUGUCCAAGAAUUGGACGAGCUCGAGGACUCGCAAGAGACCUCGCCGUCCGCCUAA